AUGGAAACCGCCCAUUUGUUCAUCUGUUCCAGUCUGAGGACAGCCACAGGCCCGGGCCACCUAGACCUCAGCCACCUCCCACCUCAGCGUCCUCCCACCUGGGCCAUCCUCUACCUCAGCCAUCUCAUUGGGAGCCACCUCCCGCCUCAGUGCCCUCAGAUGGGGACCCCGCCCACCUCGGUCACCUCCCGCGGGGACCCCGCGCACCUCAGUGCCCUCAAGUGGGGCCCUCCCCCCCAGUCACCUCAGUCACCUCCCGCGGGGCCCCUCGCACCUCAGUGCCCCCAGGUGGGCCCCUACCCCCCAGUCACCUCAGUCACCUCCCGCGGGGCCCCUCGCACCUCAGUGCCCUCAUCAGACGCCUCCCGCCCCGCGGCGCCGGGCCACGCCCCCCACGGUCGCCGUGGCAACCGGCAGGCUCGGCCCCGCCCCUGCCCCGCGCCGUUCUCGCGAGAGCGCGGCCCGCCCACUUCCGGGCCGCUGGCUUCCGGCUCGGCGGCGGCGGCGGCGGAGCGGAGCCCGCGGCCUGCCCUGCGCGCCAUGCCGGCCCCGGGGCCGCGCGCGCUGCCGCCGCUGCUGCUGCUGCUGCUGCUGGCCGCGGCGGGCAGCGCGGACGAGGACGAGGUGCCCGGCGACUGGGUGCUGCUGCACGUGGUGCAGGGCCACAUCGGCGCGGGCAACUACAGCUACCUGCGCCUGAACCACGAGGGCCGCAUCGUGCUGCGCAUGCGCAGCCUGCGCGGCGACGCCGACCUCUACGUGUCCGACACCACCCUGCACCCCAGCUUCGACGACUACGCGCUGCAGUCGGCCACGUGCGGCCGCGACCUCGUGGCCAUCCCGGGCCACUUCCAGCGGCCCGUGGGCAUCGGCAUCUACGGGCACCCGUCGCACCUGGAGAGCGAGUUCGAGAUGAAGGUGUACUACGACCGCUCGCCCGAGCAGCGUCUGGACGCCGACGCGGCCCGCGCCGACGCACUGCCGGGGCCGGCGCCCGAGGACGCGCACGACGAGGACUCCCUGCUCUGGACCGUGCUCAUCAGCGUGCUCAAGCUGGUGCUGGAGAUCCUCUUCUGACGCCGGCGGCCGCCGCCACCAAGCAGGGGUUCUCGUGCUACUCCCGGGGCGGCCAGAAACCAGGAGGAUUAGAAGCACUCGGGAGAAGCCAGAGCCGCAGGGACUCGAGGCCAGCCCUGGAACAGUUACAGCUGCGGGUGAAGGUGCCAGUUGCCCGCCGGGUUUCUGCAGAGCUACAGGACCAAGAAACGUAAAUGCUCCUGAGAGACGAACUCUGCCUAAAAUUGGUCUCAAGGGUAGGAGUAGUGUAUACGAGAAUAGUUUAUUGAGAGACGAAUCAACUUGCAGAUUUUUAAAGCACGUACUUUCAAAAAUCCUUUAUUGGCAUAAAAAUGAGAAUGUUGUAAAUAAAUUGGCACCAAAUAGUUCAUUCAAAUCCAUAUUGCAAUACUGAGAUCAAAAAGCUAUCCCUCUUUGCUGUUUUUCCCCCUUCUGCCCACUUUCCUGGGUGUUGGGGGAGCUCGCUGACAACAGUCACAUAUCCAGCGACCUAGGAAAAAAAUGGUUGUUAUAGAAUGAAUUUCAUUCUUCAGGAAUGAAUUUCAAACCCAUGUAUGAUGUAAGCCUCUCCUUAGCGAUUUCUUAACACAUUGCCCCUAGGGAUCAGUGGUGGAAAGGCUGCAUGUGGAUUCCACUUCAGGCAUACUGCUGUGUCUGUCCACUGCCAUGUGAAUUACUGAAAAGUGAGGUAAAGGAUCAAGAACAGUGCAGCAGUCUCCAAGACCUUUAAAAUGUUAGGGUGGUUCUUUCCUAAAUGCAAAUAUGGUCUUUGAAAGAUGGAAACAAUAAAUCUUACAUAAAACCUAUUCCUAAAGGUGGCUUAUUUUCAGCCUUUUUCUUUGAUGCUUUCACUGGCAGCUGAGUCCAAGACCAUCCAAGUCUGGUAUGUAUGCUAAGGACAGCAGUUAGAACAGUACUUGCCAGCAGGAAACAAAUUGCUACAUACUUGAUGUGAAUGACUAUUAAAUUAUUUAACUUCCUAAUGAUUUCCAGGAAACUGUUCUAGGUACAUGUUUAUAGAAUAUUAUAGUGUUAACCAUGCAAGUAAGUUCUAAAAUUACACAAUUAUCUGUGUACAGUUUUAGUCCAAUUACUGUGAUUUAUUCUUCAAUGAUAGGUUUAUUUUUAAAGUUACCUGGAAUUGUCAUGCAGCCUCAAUUUUUAGAAAUCUGGUUUAACAAUUGUAAAGGCAUAGCAGUCAUUCUGUUAAGUAUACAGAAAUAAAAUCUAGCCUUUGAAACAGA